AAAAAAAAUAUUUAGUUCAUCAGCGCAGCCCCCAAAUUCUGCGCUAGUAUCUUCUUCUUCGCUAGUCCAUUACGCGUUCGAUUUCAGUCCUCUCUGUAAUUCCGAAGCUCAGAGUCUGGGACCGGCGGCGGCAGAAGCACCGGCUACGCCCAAAUUGCAUUCGCCGUUGUUCUUCAGGAAUUUAGCAGAUGGCGCUUAGACGGUUCUUUGGUUUUUCUGAUGGUGAUCUAAUGAGAUCGGACGCUAAACCGUGUUCACAGUUGAUGAAACAGACUGCUGGAUUAUGUACUGUUGGAGGAGGACUUGCAUUCUGGAUUCUUUGCAGAUUACACUAUGGUCCAAGAAUUACAGUUCCUAGGAGUCUGCGUUGGGCAGCUUGUGGAGCAGCAUCAAUGAGUGCGACCUCGGCUUUGCUUGUUCGAUUGUUUAGUCCAGAAUGUGAACCUCAGAACAUUGCUGCAUAUGACAAAGGGAAAGCUGCAAGGUAAUUGACAUUCAAACCGCAAUGAUCAUAGUGUAUUGCUUUUGAAGUUACAAUUUUGUGUUUAUGGUUGAGUACGUGAUAGUUAACUAUCUUGCCACGCACUCGGUUCGUUCAUGACUCCAUACAACCAUGUAUUCAAUUACGUUGUUAUUGUUAAGUUUCUCGACUCUUGUCAUAGCUAAGGAGAAAUUAUUGGACGGAGUAUGUUACAAUGUGACAAUGGCUUUGCGAAAUGUAUUUUCAUAGGGACUAAAUUGGUAACUUAAUUUUAGAUGUCGUAUCGAGCUUUAUA